UUGUGAUUGGUCGGUCGGUCCGGACAAAAUGAAUGGCAGCUUGCAUUGUUCGACGUCCCUUCAAGACGGUGGACACCGCGGCUCCCAACUCGCAAAAGCAGCGUUGGUGUGCGAGAGGACACGACAUGGGGGAUCAGAGGCCUCCAGAGUUCGGGUCCCUGCAGGAAGAGCUGGAUUACUGGAAGGACCUGGCUGCCAGACAACAACAGAGGGCGGAGGAGGCCCAGGAGGAGCUGCAGGAGUUCCAGCUUAUGAGUCGGGACUACGAGCUGGAGCUGGAGGCGCAGUUAAAACACUGUGAGGCGCAAAACUGCGAGCUAUUGUCGGCCAACAGCCGCCUCCGCAUGGACCUGGAAAACUACAAGGAGAAGUACGAGUCGCAGCACUCGGAGGCCCACCGGCAGAUCUCCAGCCUGGAGGGAGACCUGGCCGAGACCACCGCCGCCAGAGACCACCUCCACAAGUACAUCCGGGAGCUGGAGCAGGCCAACGACGACCUGGAGCGGACAAAGAGGGCGACCAUCAUGUCUCUGGAGGACUUUGAGCAGAGGAUGAACCAGGUCAUCGAGAGGAACGCCUUCCUAGAGAGCGAGCUGGACGAGAAGGAGAACCUGCUGGAGUCGGUCCAGAGGCUGAAGGACGAGGCCAGAGACCUGAGGCAGGAGCUGGCGGUGCAGCAGAAGCCGGUUCAAGACAGGAAGUCGUCCUUAGGCAGCUCCAUCACAGACGCCCCCCCCACCUCCACCUCCCCUCCCGCAGCAGGUCUCCCGACCCCCCCCCUCACCCCGCCAGACAAACUGACGGAGGACAGACACUCGCCUCCGUCCUCUCACCACGCCGCCGCGCCUCCACUCAGACCUCCACCCUCAGCAGAGUCCUUUGACUCAGUCAGCAGAGUGGGGGGGGAUCCUCUCCCCCCCUCGGCCAGGAUCUCCGCCCUGAACAUCGUCGGGGAGCUGCUGAGAAAAGUGGGGAACCUGGAGUCCAAGCUGGCGUCGUGUCGCGACUUCAUCCAGGAGCAGACGGCGGGCCGCAGGGCGGGGGCGGCGCCGGGCCACGGCGGUGGCUCGGAGACCCGGCCCCCCAACGGGCUCUACGGCGCAGGGCUGGUGAAGAGGUUGGACUUCGGCGCGCCCCCCAAGCUGCUGCUGUGAGCCCCCCCCCCCCCCCUCCCCUUGUGGAUUGGCAGAGCGAGGACUGUGGAAUUUACUGCUUUCUCUUCAAAUCUUCUUUUUGUGUUUGGACUGAAGAUGAAGCAGAUUUUAGAGACAGCAGAAUGACGGUUUGUAAUGAAAAGACACCGAUGGCUGCAGGUAGAGAUUCAUGGUGAGCGUUUUACUCGGAUGCAUGAAGGUGUUUCCUUCACUUGUCUUUGCCACAUAGACGCACACUGCGGUGAGAUUCGUCCUGGUUUUAACGUUUCUUCUGCAGUCGGCGUCGUGGUGACGUAAUCCGCCUGAAGAUCUUUGAUCCAAAAACCCAGAUUAAUAACUGGUGCAAUUGUGUUUUACGACAGCAUUCUCUGUUGUGACCACCAGGGGGCAGUUCUUCCUUUUUGGAGAUCUGAACCUUUUAAAUUUUCUUAAUGAGAUUCGGAGCUUUCAGUCCGUCUGAUGUUGUGUGAUGAAACGACCUCUGACCUCUGACCGAACUCUACUUCCGUCUCGGGGAGUGAAAAGCAGACGUGUGAGUACUUCAGUGAAGGCUACUUGUUUUAUGUUAAAAAGCAAUAAAGGGUGUGUUAUGUUUGACUUGA